CUGGGAGCAGCAAACAAUUAAUGGGCCCAAUUUGGGUGAGAGCAAAAGGGUAAUUUGGGAGAUGCGCCACCUCUUCCGCUCCGAGCGCUCAAUGGAGGGCCUUUGUGCGAGGAGCGCUGCGACGGUGACAGGCGGCGGUUAUUGCAUUGUGGAAGACGAUCGCAUAUCUCACCCCUGCGACCGAGGGCCCAACCGCAACUGAGGCUUGCUCCCCAUAUCGCUCGCUUACAGAGAACCCCCAGAGAACCCCGCAUCUGCCUGGCUGCAAGGCCCAUCAUACCCGCAAACCCACGCUAUUUAAGUAGACCCCCUCGCACUCGGACCAGCCCCACGUAGCAACGCCUUGGUCAUCCGCCCCGUUUUCAACCGCCCACUUUCCCACUAUUUGCACUCAAGCCUCGUUUGCAUUUCGGACUUUCCCACCGUAAGCCGUUUGCAUUUCGGACUUUCCCACCCUCCAAUGGAAACACCGCCCGGUUCACCACUGCCGCCGUGCCGGUGGCACGUUAGCGUAACAAACUGCAUAGACAGUGAAUACUUUGUCGGACUUCACUGGGUGGCCUUCUCGCUAAGCCUUGUCGCCUCAAUACUCGGGUUUUGGAAUCUGUGGUAUCGGCGUAGACGUGGGCACAAGAUAUGGAAAGAUGGGCUUACAACGUUCGACUCGUAUAUCGCGCUAAUGACCAUAUAUGUAACGGGUCGGGUGACACAUAGCGUAAUAAUAGCAUCCGGACACAUGCCAAACAUCACAUUUGCCCAAAUCAUCCACGACAUUCCCCACUCCUUCGCUUUGACAGGGAUGUGGGUCUACAUGUUAUCAGUAAUCGAGAUGACGCCCGCACACGCCACGAAAUUCUGGCUCCCGAAUGCCAAACAAAUCAUUUGGAUCCGGCGGACGGGAUACUGCUAUCAGAUCUUCGUCAUGACGCCUUUAGUUACGCUAUGCGGCCUUGCGUGGGACCAGGGCCAUUGGGACAGAUUCGUGACGUUGACGGCGGUUGUGUAUUGGGCUUACGCAUUUGAUUGCGGGAUGCUGGGGUUGGGCUUUCUACUGUUUGGGUGGCAGAUGACCCGCAUCGCCGCGACAACGUUAAGAGACCUGAAAGCAGGGGGUCAGAUUGGCACCGUGGCAGGACGACGGCUACGAGCGCAGAUAGAGAAGAGCAUCACGAAGAUGAAAGCAGUGAAUAUCUCAUUAGGUCUAGCCAUGGCAUGGUUUGCAAUCAUACUGCUGUUCUUUGGCUUCCUUCAAGAUCAGGUACAUAACACGAAACACCGCUAGUGAAAAGUCAACGCAUGCAUCAAACGAUACUGAACCUCCAUGCGUUUAGAUAUACGGGGUAACCUGGUGG